ACAAGAACAUGAAGAAGUGGUGAACUGCCCGUUAGCCUACUGCCGCUGUGCAAAAGUGAUUAUCAGUCAGCUAGCUGCUAUUAGCAGCUACCUACACUGAGCUGUCUACUCGGCGAGGGGAAAAACUUUACCACUAUUGAGACGUUUCCUCUAUUUAAACGUCUAUCGCUGGAUUAUAUUUUCUUUUUUGAAAGCCCAUGGAUAUGGCUACAUUGCGAUGUCGCACAUGCUGAUACAGAGGUAGGAGAAACUAGCUAACAUCUCCUAAAUUAGCUAGUCGGCGAGAAAUACACACAUAGCUGAGAGAGAAGAGUGGGCUAAGAGACCGGGCCCACCUCAGACUAAAGUACCGGUGGCAGCUGGUGAACAAGAACUUUGAUAAGGGCCUGUCUCCAACACCGCUGCCGGGACACUAGAAAGACCGACCGGCUGUUAGAGAAGUCGGACGAGGACACCGCGGAACGUUUCAGAGGGUUUGGUCUCGGUUGUGACACUUUUCUCCAAUAAGAGUGAGGAAGAGGAACGGUGUGGAAAUGUCCUGUGACAGUAACGCUGCGUGUGUGUGUCAUAUCCUUCAGCUGUGAAUUACUUCUCAAGACUUUAGUCCAACACUUGGUUUCAUCUGGGAGCAGUCAGACUUGACAAAGACAGUCAACAUGUCGAAAAUGCCAGCAAAGAAGAAAAGUUGUUUCCAGAUUACGAGUGUAACACAGGCUCAGGUGGCGGCCAGCAGCAUCACCGACGACACCGAGAGCCUGGACGAUCCAGACGAAUCCCGGACAGAGGACGCGUCAUCGGAAAUAUUUGACGUUUCUCGGGCUGACCUGGGGGUGUGUGAUAGGAGUUCAUCCGAGGAAACCCUAAACAAUGUAGGAGAGCCUCAGGAGGGCCAGCCGCCUACCACAGGUCCUGUCAACGGGGGACUCUCUUAUAAAAGUAUAGGCACCCCACAUAAUUUAGGAGGAAGUGUGCCUUUGCCAGUUCCAGCUCAGCCUUUUGUUCCAGGCUCAGCCAGUCAUCCUUUAACAGUCAUUAAUACGGCCCCUGCUGCCACCGUAGCCACCAGUGUGGCUCACAUAGCUCCUGUUAGCACCAGCUGUACUUCCCGUUUCAGGGUCAUUAAGCUUGACCAUGGAACUGGAGAGCCCUUUAGAAGGGGCAGGUGGACGUGCACUGAGUUCUAUGACAGAGAUUCAGAUUCAAAUGUUAAUCGGACUGUAGAUACCAUAAAGCCAAUUCUAACCCUUGAUCACAGUACAGACAGAGACAGUGGGCUAGGGGCCACCAGUGGUUUUGUGGUCACCAGCAGUAGUUUUUCUGUACAGGUUUUGGAGAACACAUCAGAAAGUGGUUACUCUGUCGGGCACCUGGCCCACUCCCAUCCUUCAGAGCCUCCGCAGCAGGGCUACAGCCUGGUUCCUCAGAUAGGGAGCGGAGCAAGUGCCUUCCAGCCCACAGGCUAUACAACUACAGUGUCACAACAACCAAAUACUGCUUCCCAAAGCUUCCUCGCUAACAGCCUCAAUGGUGUGCACCAAGCUGCCAUGCAGCAGACGUCUCACAGUAUGCCUCCUGUCACGCAGCCCCUGCAGUUUGCCUAUUCUGCUCAUAACACCGGCCUAUCAGCUGGCCAGCCAGACUAUCAUCAGCAGCACUUUGUGUCAAGCACUCAGAACCUUCCCAUGACGUCCAUUCCUGUGGGGCCUCCAACCAGCCAGAUACCCCCGCCUCUAAUAAUUCCUUCUGAGCCAGGAGCCCAGGGGCUGUGUGAAGAAGCAGCCUCAGCCCAGGGCCUCCUUCUACAAGUGGGCAAUGCAUCAGCCAUGGCCCUCAUCCUUCCAGGAAGUAUUCAACAGCAGCCUGUCAGCCAGCCUUCAGGAGGGUUGGGUGUUGCCCCUGCAUCUUCCAUCACCACCACCACCACCACCACCUCUCACAGUGGUGUCCAGAAUGUGCCAGCCACAGUGCCCAGUACCACCAACACACUUCCAGGUGUGUCAAAUCAGGCACCUGGCACAGGGGGACAUGUCCAGCCCCAAGGAGCCCAUGGAGGAGCCGCAGCAGGACUGCCUUCCAGCUUCAGCAACCAAGUUGAAGAUAUUGGGCACAAGCCUGAGGCCCUACCUCAGCCCAGUGCUGGUGUGGUGCCAGGGAAAGAUGGUGUAAAGCCUUUCAUCAGUGGGGGCCUGUUUGAUAUCCAUAUCACCAUGGAUGUGGAUGAGGACAGUGCAUCCGGUGCCAGCGUCGUCGCCAUUGAUAACAAAAUUGAGCAGGCAAUGGACUUGGUGAAAAGCCACCUGAUGUAUGCUGUUCGUGAGGAGGUGGAGGUGUUGAAGGAGCAGAUCAAGGAGCUGUACGAGAGGAACUCGCUGCUGGAGCGUGAGAACGCCGUGCUGAAGUCGCUGGCCAACUCGGAGCAGCUCAGCCAGCUGUCCAGUCAGCUUAAUCAGAGCAACAACACGUCGCCCCCGCUGCAGCAGCAAUACCCGUUUGUCACAAACACCCCCGCCUUGGCUCACCAUGAGGGAAAUCAGAGCAUCUCCCAUCAGCCCAACAUCAGCUCAGCGUGAUACCCCUUCCCCCGAUUCAUACGCUCACAUGCCCACCUCCUUUCAGACAGGAGUGGUAGAACCUGUUAGAAAGACAACAGUUACUACCGUCCCUUUAGCUCCAUAAAACAAAAGCCUCAGCUCUGCAUUCAGUGCACUCCAUUUGGGGAAAAAUCAACAACAGCAACAUCUGUUUGUCGCCGAGAGCCAUGCUUUAGUGUGUGCACACUGCCGGCACCGAGCCUCCUCGGUAUUAAGACAUUUAUCACCCAUUGAAAAGUCUUAUUCUGGCUCUGUGUUUGGCUGAAAAAGGAGGGGCGGGGGAGCUGGAGCACACCAUAAAACUGCAUGCUGUUCUUGUGCAGGAGAUGAGGUCAAACAGCACACAGAGCUCGAUUUGUUGGGGCAGCAAAGUGGUGGAAGAGGGUGGUGCCACUCUGCGAGGGGCCAGCGUAGUGACGAGGGUCCUGUAAAACACCCAGCAGGGGUGUCCUCCCGGUAUCCCCUCUCCACAUCACUCCGGGGCUGGAAAAGGCCAGAAAGCCGAGGGAAAAGAGGGGAAAAUGGUUCGUCCUCCCCGAGCAGAGGAAGACACCAGCAGGCACUUGGGCUUGUUAUUUGCUGCAACAAAGGCAUGUGUUGUUUUCUCAGAGCUACCAUACUUUGACAUGGAUCAUAAUACUUUUUCAUUAGUUCAAUUCUAGUAUUUGCAUUUAUUUAUUUCAUGGCUGCUAUUUUCAUUCAGUAAAUUAGCAAUGUAAUAGAAUACUUUCUAAAAACAAAAAGAACCCUUUCUCUUUGGUCCUUUGGUAUUUUAGAAACUGUCACGUAUUAAAUUUGUUAGCAACAAGUGGAGCUCAAUAUGUAGGCAUUAAGUUCCAUUAAUUUCUUCUUGUGAAAGAGUGCUGACACUAAAGCCAAGCUUACAUUAGGUGAAAUUCAGGUUGAAUGUAUAUUUUGUAAAGUAUUAAAGAUAAGGAGUGUUUGUGCAGAAGAACCUGUAAAGAUAUGAAACAUGUGAUGGAAUGUUUUGAAAAGAAAAUUAACUUUUUCUAGACUUUAUCAAAACAAAAAAUAUAAAUGAAUUGUGGAGGUUUGGUUGGGGAAAUGAAAAGCUGUGAAAAUUGUUCAACCUACUUUAUAACCAAAGAUGCAAAGCUGUGUAAGUCUCAUUUUUUUCCCUUCAUUUUUUUUAAAUGCACAUUUUUUUCUACACCCUCCUUUAUAUUUUGUUGCUGUUUUGCAUGUUCUGCAUGAGCUAUAAUCUGAUCACUGUCUUACCUCAUGUUUUUACCCAGCACUCUUAAUUUUCCAUCAACUUAUCAGUCUGUGAAUGAUAGAGAGGAUUUAUAAACGAGAAACGGAACGAUGGGGCAGAGAUGUUGCAGUAAGUUGUGGAGGGUAAGACUAGAAUAAGGAUUGGACAUAGAUGGAGGGAAGGGCCUUGUGCACAAAUUUAAAGGAGCCAUUUUUUUUUCUUUCCUAUGUUGAAUUCUAUAUGCAGAGGAGACGUUUAGUUACUUUGCAAAUUGUAAUGUAUUAAAUUUCAUUUGUAUUGUACUAACACUGCUUACGAAGAAAAUAUGGGACAACAUCCACACACAACAAAACAAACGAUGGAAACUAUUAAACAUUUCACAC